AUGGAAGAGAUCCUGAAAAUUCAAAAGCCCAUCGUCUUCGACGAAUCAAUCGCUCAUUACGAGAUUCAUGCACAUCAGCCUUUUGCAUCGGCGACUUUCAAUAAUAAUGAUGAAAUUCGCAUCGCCGUCCAACAUCAAGACUUGUGCCUGCUGCCAAGCAAAAGUUCAUUGCAUAUACAUGGACGCUUGACCAAAGCAGAUGGAGGAGCUGUGACGCACACAAGAUUAGUGAAUUGCGCGGUUCUCCACUUAUUCGAAGAAAUUCGCUACGAAUUAAACGCCAUUGUCAUUGACAGAAACAAGAAUGUUGGUAUCACAACACUGAUGAAGAAUUUCGUCUCACAAACUCCGAGUCAAGCUGCUCUUCUGGAGAAUGCAGGUUGGAUCCUUAAAGAUGAUGAAUCAACAGUCACUGAUGAGGAUGGCUAUUUUGAUAUUUCCAUACCUUUGAGUAUGUUAUUGGGCUUUGCUGAGGACUAUGGAAGAAUCAUUGUCAAUGCGAAGCAUGAACUCAUUCUAACACGUGGGAACAGUGAUGUGAAUGCAGUCAUCCAAGCACCGGCAGGAGCAGCUGCUGCUGAAGCAUUCAGACUCUCACUGGAUAAAUUGGAGUGGAUGAUUCCCUACAUUAAAGUAGCUGAUUCCAAGAAAAUCAAUCUGCUGAACUACAUUUCCAAGGACGCCCCGAUUCCCAUCAGUAUUCGAGCCUGGGAGACGUAUGAGUAUCCCUUCCUACCGGCGACCUCUAAACAUGUCUGGGUGGUGAAAAGUUCAACUCAAUUAGAGAAACCUCGCUACGUCAUUGUGGGAUUCCAAACUGACCGCAAAAAUCGAACCAAUAAGAAUGCGAGUCGUUUUGAUCAUUGUAAUAUCCGCGACAUAAAGCUCUUUCUGAAUUCUCAAAGUUACCCUUAUGGUAAUCUGAAUCUUGAUAUCAGCCAUAAUCAAUAUGCGUUACUCUACAAUAUGUAUACGAAUUUCCAAAACUCUUACUAUGGUAAAGAAGCUGAACCACUCUUGAGCAAGACAGAAUUCCUCAGCUAUGCUCCACUCAUUNGAAGUUACCGUUAUGGUAAUCUGAAUCUUGAUAUCAGCCAUAAUCAAUAUGCGUUACUCUACAAUAUGUAUACGAAUUUCCAAAACUCUUACUAUGGUAAAGAAGCUGAACCACUCUUGAGCAAGACAGAAUUCCUCAGCUAUGCUCCACUCAUUGUCAUUGAUUGUUCAAAGCAAAAUGAGUACUUGAAGUCCGGACCAGUAGAUAUUCGUCUUGAAUUCGAGGCUGAUCGUCAUUUCCCCCCUCAAACUGCAGCCUAUUGCUUAAUCUUACAUGAUCGUAUAGUGGAGUAUCACCCGAUUAGUGGAGGAGUUAAAAAUAUGAUGUAA